AUGUACGACUCGAAUCGCCCGCACCCUCUCCUGGCCCAAGUGCCACUCACCGUAUCGCCCUUCAUCAACCUCCCCACUUCCGUCACCUUACCAUACACCUACAAAUCCGUGACCUCAACGCUGCCACCAUCCGUCACUGUCGAUUCCCUGAAUCCGGAUUCCAAAGCACGCUAUGUCGUUUCCUCCAGCGGCGAGCAUGCAGCCCACCCAGACGAUAUCCUUGCAGCUUGCCAAUCCCUCGAGCAACACUUGAAGAAGACGCAUGAUGAUUCCAAGGCAGCACUCAAAGCCUGGGAAGACUCGAUCCAGCAGCGCGAGCUGGCGGAGAAGCGCCGCGUUGCACCUGGGUGGCUAGACCGUGAUGAGAAAAUCCUUCAACCCAGUCGCACAGCGAUAUCACCAGACGUGAACGGGGAGAGUCUGCUAGACAGCUCUUCAGGUGACCAGGGAUCUUCCAUGCCUUCUAUGCUACCCCGUAAUGAAGGAGAUGAGCUUGACAGGGCAUUUGGGGGUCUUGGUGUAAAAUGA